AUGGCUAGAAGACCAGCUAGAUGUUACAGAUACUGUAAAAACAAACCAUAUCCAAAAUCAAGAUAUAAUAGAGCUGUUCCAGAUGCUAAAAUCAGAAUUUAUGAUUUAGGUAGAAAGAAAGCUCCAGUUGAUGAAUUCCCAUUAUGUAUUCAUUUAGUUUCAAAUGAAUUAGAACAAUUAUCAUCAGAAGCUUUAGAAGCUGCUCGUAUCUGUGCUAACAAAUACAUUACCAAAAUCUCAGGUAGAGAUUCAUUCCAUUUAAGAGUUAGAGUCCAUCCAUUCCAUGUUUUAAGAAUCAAUAAGAUGUUGUCAUGUGCAGGUGCUGAUAGAUUACAACAAGGUAUGAGAGGUGCUUGGGGUAAACCACAUGGUUUAGCUGCCAGAGUCUCUAUUGGUCAAAUUAUCAUGUCUGCAAGAACUAAAGAUUCAAAUAAAGAUGUUGUUAUUGAAGGUUUAAGAAGAGCAAGAUAUAAGUUCCCAGGUCAACAAAAAAUCAUUAUUUCUAAAAAAUGGGGUUUCACACCAUUAAACAGAGAAGAUUAUGUUAUCAAGAAAAACAAUGGUGAAGUUUUAGAUGAUGGUGCUUACGUUAAAUUCUUAUCAAGAAAAGGUAACUUAGAAGAAAACUUAAAACAAUUCCCAUACUUCAAAUAUAACGCUUAA